GUUUCCCAGUGGUACGAGCUGGUUGUGUUCACAGCCAGCAUGGAGAUCUACGGCUGUGCCGUGGCCGAUCGGCUGGACAACAACCGCUGCAUCCUGGGCCGGCGGUACUACCGACAGCACUGCACGCUGGAGCUGGGCAGUUACAUCAAGGACCUGUCGGUGGUGCACAGCGACCUGUCCAGCAUCGUCAUCCUGGACAACUCACCUGGAGCCUACCGCAGCCAUCCAGGAGAGCUCACCUGGAGCCCAGGUGUCCCAAACAUUCCCGAAACAUUCCCAGAAAUGUUCACGGCCGACGUCCGCUCCGUGCUCAGCCGGAACCUUCACCAGCACCGCCUGUGGUGACCCCGGAGCCCCCCGGGACCCCCCCCGGGGGGGGACAAAACCGGGGUGGGGGAGGGGAAUCGCCCC